AUGAAAUUGCCACAGUAUGUAAACAAGCCUUUCAAGUCGCCACUGAUAGCCUCCCGGACACAACUUGAAACCAAAUCAGGAGUCUUGCGCCAAGAUCCGAAAGAUCAGGACCCCCGCCAGAAGAUCCACAAAAGACAUAAUCAAGAGGCUGAACCAUCACCUCACUCUACCAAAAAGGCUUCAAACACCUCCAAUUGCUACUCCAUUACGUAUCGGAAACGCACAUCUAAGAAAAACAAGACAUGGGAUGGCGAUGGGUAUGCCAUUGAGCUUUCCAGCGGAUCUUUUCGUUUUUACAAAGAGACUGGCCAAUGCAUGGGAAGCGCAUCAUUGAGCAACUGUGAAGACAAGUUCGAGAAGAUUUUCAGCUGUGCAGGACACGAGUACCAGCUGGACCAUCAGAUCAAGGAUGAAAACGUCAUUCAGGAAUUAACGACGAUAGUGGGUAACUCUGUAGCUUCUGGAUCGAGACAAAGAAGCCUGUCACCUUUGCCAUCCGUUAGUCCCAUUCCGGUAGUACCGGUCCAAAAGUUUAAGCCUAUCAAAAAGAAUCCAUUACAGUCUCGGCGAACAGAUCUUCUCUCUGGUUCAAAAACCGUAACAUCAAGACCGCUCUUCGAAGCAUCACAUAUUGAAAAUGCACUAGUAAUGAACAGAAUCAAGGGCUCAGAUUUGGAUGUGGUGGUUGACCCCAUUCUCUCAAAACACCUGAGGCCCCAUCAACGCAUUGGUAUAAAAUUCAUGUACGAUUGCGUUAUGGGAUUGUCCAAGCCGCAAGGAUACGAAGAGGAUGGGAAAACUGUAACAAUUUUAGAAAAGACCGAUGAAAUUAACGGAUGUUUACUGGCCGAUGACAUGGGUCUAGGUAAAACGUUGAUGACAAUCACACUCAUAUGGACGCUGUUGAAGCAAAAUCCUCUGCCGCCACUGGGCACUACAUCGCAAUCCGGCAUUCCACUCCAAGGCGUCUGCAGCAAAGUGUUGGUAGUGUGCCCUGUAACACUAAUCGGAAAUUGGAAAAGAGAAUUUGGGAAAUGGUUGAAUCUCAACAGAAUUGGCGUGCUUACAUUGAGUUCUAAAAGCACGCCCGAAAAGGACAAGCUUGAAACGCGCAACUUUCUAAAAGUACAACGAUCUUACCAAGUUUUGAUAUUAGGCUAUGAAAAGGUACUCAGCGUAUCAGAUGUUCUCUUCGAAUGCCGAGCUAGCAUAGGACUUCUAGUUUGCGACGAGGGUCACCGCUUGAAGAAUAACCAGUCAAAGACUUUGAACGCUUUGAAAUCUAUUGAUAUUCCAAAAAAAAUCCUCUUGACAGGAACACCCAUCCAAAAUGAUUUAGCAGAAUUCUUCACCAUUUUGGACUUCCUUAACGACGGAAUACUUGGUACUUUUGCACAAUUCAAGAGAGAUUUCAUCAAUCCUAUUUCAAGAUCUAGAGAAGUCAACAAUAGAUACAAUGAGCUUAUUCAAGAACUUGGAAAAGAACGCACAAAUGAGCUAAUCGAAACUACCAAGCGGUUCACCCUACGAAGAACAAGUGACACCAUUGCAAAGUUUCUUCCACCCAAGACAGAUAUUAUUCUGUUUUGCAAACCAACAUCUAACCAACUGGAAGCCUUUGAAAGUGUUCUUACCAAAUGCCACCUCGAUUUCUCAACUAUGGCUUACAGCUCAUGUCUAAGUCUGAUCACACUUUUCAAGAAGAUCUGCAACUCCCCGAGUUUGAUAUCUCAGGAUACAUUUUAUCUCGAGAGGAUAAAGCCUACUAUAAAUUUGACCCACCAUCUAUCCCCGGACUCCGGAAAACUUAAGGUACUAUCAAUGCUAUUGAGCAACAUCGCUAAACUCAAUCCAAGGGAAAAGAUUGUUAUUGUCUCCAACUACACUCAGACGCUUGAUAUUAUUCAAAAUUUGUUAAGGAGCAAUAAUUUCACAAAUACACGGUUAGAUGGGUCUACUCCUGCUAAAGAACGCGAUAAGAUUGUUAAUGCGUUUAACAAAACGCCAUCGAUUUUCGUGUUCUUGUUAAGCGCCAAAUCCGGAGGGGUGGGUUUAAACUUAAUCGGAGCAUCGAGGCUGAUACUUUUUGACAACGAUUGGAAUCCUGCCAUUGACCACCAAGCAAUGUCGAGAAUACAUCGUGAUGGACAAACCAAGCCUUGCUUCAUAUAUAGGCUAUUAACAACGGGGUGCAUAGACGAAAAGAUAUUCCAGCGCCAGUUGAUGAAAAAUAGCCUAAGCGCUAAAUUCAUGGGAGGGCCAGGGAAGGAGUCUAGUGAUAAAGCAGAUGACGACCUUUUCGGCAACGAAGAUCUCAAAGAUUUGUUUUCAGUCUUGGAUUCAACUUCUAGUAAUACACACGAUUUGAUAUGUACGUGUGUGGGGGAUGGAUCUCUUGAAAUGAAGUCAGCAGCUUCGAACAAUGAAUUUCAGAAACCACGCGUCCAGCCACCAACUUUGAACGGAUGGACAAGUGCAAUGGAGUUGCGACAGGCUACCGAAUUGGCUAACAAAGAAAAUGAUAUACAGAAAGCAGCAUUAGUAAAACAGUGUUUGAAUGGCUACAAACAUUUGAAGCCUAGUGAAAGAUGUGACUUGAGUGAAGAAUUAGCCAUAGACUUGACAUCAACCAUCACCUUUGCAUUCUUGAAAGAAUAA